UUUUUAAUCUCUUUUACUGCCUUUUAGACGUAUCACGUACUUGUACCUCGGCCUGAAGUCGCAUCGAAUGCGAGGGGCAGCCAGCAAUGGAGCUAAUGAUUGUGUAUAGAUUUUUGCGCAAGGUCUCGGACUGGACCAUGUCUGGGUUCUAUUCCGAGGUCUGCAUCACCGGAGGGGAGAAUGUGCCGCGGGACGGACCUGUGAUCAUUGCUGCGACUCAUCACAAUGAAAUCAUCGAUAUAGCGGCGCUAUCGGCGACGAUGCCGUAUCGUCGUAGGGUAUGCUACUGGGCAAAGUCAUCUCUCUUCAAGAACCCUAUAUCCGGCGCCAUGCUCACUUCCUCGGGAAGCAUCCCCGUUCACCGUAACCCUAACAGCUCCUCCUCGUCAAACAGCAACGGCUCGCAAGCAGACUUAUUUCGCCACACCUCCGCUGCUCUUGCAGCUGGAGAGGUGGUCGGCGUGUUCCCCGAGGGAACAUCGUACACCGAGCCCGGAAUCGUGCAAGUGAAGGACGGCGCAGCAUGGGCUGCGGUGGAAUACGCUAAAGCCGUGACUUUAUCCGGGAAGGAAGGCAAGGAGCUGGUGAUUGUCCCCGCGGCAGUAGUCUAUACGGAUAAGUCCAAGUAUCAGAGCAGAGUCUGUGUCAGAUAUGGCAAACCAAUAGCCCUCGGCAAAUACGCAGCAAGACUGGAUCCGGAGAGUGCUGAGAGCACGCGUGUUGUGGUAAAGGAGAUCACUGCUGCGAUUGAGUCACAGCUCAAGCGCUUGACUGUGAAUGCUCCUGACUGGGAAACAUUACGUGCGGCUCGUGCAGCAAUGGCGGUGUUCUGGAAGAACGAGGAUCGCAUCCCGCUUCACAGAUUCGUUGAUAUCUCUCAAAUGUUUGUCAAUGUUUUCUCGUCAAGAAGUGAAGAAAUGGAAAAACGGAAGGCCAUUGUGAAUAGACACCUUGCGCUUCUGCACUUCACCGGCACUUCUCAUUCUGCUCUGGAAGACCUUUACCCUUUCGUCAAUCACUACGAGGACUUUCCUAUGCGAUCCCUCCUUUGGCCGUCUCGUAUUCGCGCUACUGUGACACUCCUGUUGCAGCUGUGCACCACCGUAUUCCAUCCUCGUGCCCUUCUCUUCUUCCCAGUAUUCGUGGUUCACCUUCCAGGGUAUAUUACUGGCUCGUUUGCCGCAUGGAUGCUGACGAUACCGAACGAGGAAGAGACCAAGGCUCAGUUCAAGGCUAUAUUUGGCGGUCUGGGAUUCGCCUUGUCCUAUGGCCUGCUCACGCGAGCAUGCGUGAAGUUUGCCGUGAAGGUCACCGACCCAGUCCUUUCACCAAUUCGCAAAGAGGGUUUGGAUGAUUUCAUCAACAAGGUUUUACGGCUCUCGGCGCUGUGUGACUGCCUAGCUGGAAGGCAGGGGUCGUUGAAGAGUGCGCUCGGUACUUUUGCCAUGGCAGUUGGGAUGUGUUGGUCCCUUUGGAAAUGGCACAACGCCCUUGUGUAUGCGAACUACAGGCAAUGGAAGCGCUUUCUGACUGCUUAUAGGGUUUUCACGGGCCUCUUGCUCCCUCCGUCUUUCGAUCUACCAGCCGAUCAACUUCCAACAUAUUCAACUCUGCCGCUUCCCGCGGAGAAUCCGUAUAUCAAGCGAUACGCCGUUGAGGACCCACCCAGAAGCAGUGCUCUCGUUGGCGAGGCGGCUCUCGCAGUGACUCAAUUUUCUGUACGAAAUGCCGACAACGCGGGCCCUGGUGCACAAGGUCCAUUGAUUCACAAACGGCAACUCAUACGCCACCUGUUUUCCGCUCGUUACGAGGCCUGCCGUGCAUUUAUACAAUCUUCGGAUGGACAGACUCCGGGGUGAAGCCAAGCCAUCCGAUGUUCGUGGACUUUGAUGUGUUUAGUGUCUCGUACAUUUGGUACAUUUGUGAUCGCCUAAUAUGUUUACCUUGACGGCACUUUAUGUAGCAAUUACCCAAAUAUUUGGAAGCAUGGCAGGAGAG